CACAACGACCCGUCAGUCUAUCGCUCGACUUCGACGCGACACAAUCGCCACCUCGUCUGCGUCCAUUCACCAUUGUGCCAUACACUUAGCUAAUGUUCUAACAGAACUUUGUGUUCGCGUACAAUUCUACCAUGUCGACACUCAGUCAUCACCCGUACGCGUUCUCCAUGCACCCGGGCAUGCUGCCGGAGUACCCCAGCGCGCCGCAGCCGCUGCCGGCGUCUUCGCCGCAGUCGGAGGGCCACAUCAAGCGGCCCAUGAACGCCUUCAUGGUCUGGUCCAGGCUGCAACGUCGCCAGAUCGCGAAGGACAAUCCGAAAAUGCACAACUCGGAGAUAUCGAAACGCCUCGGCGCCGAGUGGAAGCUGUUGACCGAGAUGCAGAAGAGACCGUUCAUCGAUGAAGCCAAGCGGCUCCGAGCGCUGCAUAUGAAGGAGCACCCCGACUACAAGUACAGGCCGCGCAGGAAGCCCAAGCCACCCACAGCUGGAGGAGCUCCCGGCGCCGGUGCCUUCGCGAGCUUUCCGCUUCCGUACUUCGCGGGCCCGGCUCCGACCGUUGGCCCGUUAGAUGCUUUGUCGUAUCCUGCGGUAUCUCCAUACUUCCCUCAUCAACUGGAUCAUCUACAGUUCUCAAAGUUGAUGGCUCCGACCGAAAAGUUACCGACGGCAUCGUCGGCUGCCGCUGUGGUGUCCUCGUUCUAUUCGUCGCUCUACACGCAGCCCACCGCGCCUCCUAAGCCGUUCUCGUCACCGCUGUUCCACCAGUACGGAGCGGCACCAUCGUCUCCAGUGUCCCCGACGCAACACAGCCCCCACGACGACCAGCUGAGGCGGCCGGUGUCCGUCAUAUAUUGAAGACCAACGUGCCUCCCUUGAGAGACCGAUCUUUUAGGGCUUGGCAUCAGUGUUAACCGUUUAAGUGUUAUGAACAAAGACAAUUGAAACCCCAAGGACCAUAUUUAUUGUUUUUUUUAGAAUUACGCCUAGUUGAAAAUUGUAAAUGGAGUGUGUCCCAUAUCCAGUGGCUUGUAAAUAUGUUGAAGAUAACGUAGGCCCGUUAGAUGGGAAACGGAAUAAGUUUACUUAACUGUGAUUUUUGUUUUUGACGCAUCUUCAGAUAUAUAAGUUAGUAGCACUGUUUCAUCAGUUAUGUGAAGUGAGAACGGUACCAAAAAGAGAUUAUUUCAUGUAGGUGUCACAAUUUAGCUGUAGUAAGGACUUCUGCGAUGUGUAUCAUGGUUUUGUUUUCUCUUGUCAACUGUACUGUCUAUUUGUUAUGUUUGUUGGAGUCACGACUCGUGUCCGAGGAACUGCUCGCUCUACUUUGGUUAUUAUGAAAUUUAUUUAUUGCCAGUGUAGAUUUUAACGGUAUAAAUGUAAAUUAGUUAUCUAAGUCGUAAGUGGCUAGUGCAUACCAAUUGUAUAUAUUAGUUUUUAAUUCAAAAUCGAUGUCAUUACCAACGAUGUAUUAUAGAUAUUGAAAAAAAUGAAUUUGUUAACGCCAUACAAAUAAACUAAAUUGUUUUUAUUUUAAA